AUGGCGGGGCGAAUGGUCUGCACGAAGGAGGUGUCAGAAGAGCUGCCGUCAGAUCUCAUCGAGAUUCUGCACCGCUGCCAUGCGCAGAUGCAGCUUGAGCUAGCGCAGUGGUUUAACCAGAGCGUACCAUCAGAUCAGGCGACACCAAGUGUGUGCAAAGCGGACGAGUACGGCUGCCCAGAGACGCGCAUUUCCAAGAGCCCCAAUAUCAGCAAGAGCGUCGGUGAUGCAGACGAGGACUUCGAGAAGGAGAGGGUGGAGCCUGUCAGAAUGAGCUCUAGGUUCUCCAAGAACGGCAGCUUCUGCCGGGGUGGAAGCUCGACCCAGCAAGAGUCGGCACCUCGCAAGUCCCGGUGGCUCCACAACGACGAGGUGCAGUUGGAAAACCUGCGGAAGCGCGGCAACGGGGGCGAGUCCAGCGACUUGCGGAAGGAGAGAAGACCGAAGCGCGCCCACAACAUCUUCCGUCGGUGCAUUGAGAACCCCUGGUUUGACCGAUUCUUUGCUUUCAUGAUCAUCGCCAGCUCAGUGGCCGUCGGCGCAGAGGUGGAGUAUUCAGCCCAGCAGCUCAGCAACGAGCUCCCGGCGAUUUUCACAGUUUUGCAGAUCUCCUUCUUCUCCGCCUUCUUGAUCGAGCUCUGCAUCCGUAUGCUCGCCUUCCGUGGGAGCUUCUUCACCUCCUUCGAUGCCGGCUGGAAUAUUUUCGACACUAGCGUGGUCUUCUUCUCCGCUGUUGAGGUGGUUGUGGCGUAUGUCUUUGCGGACAACUCAUUUCUGACCAUAGUCCGAACGAUCCGAGUAGUCCGCUUUGCUCGCAUCAUCCGCGUGGUGCGCUUCUUGCGGCAGCUGCGUGUGAUGGUCUACACGCUCUUCGGAACCUUCCCCAGCCUCUUUUGGAGCAUGAUUCUCAUGAGUAUUAUCAUGUACCUCUUCUCCACGAUGAUUACGCAAGCGGUGGCGGAGUUCCUGAUGCUGAACCAAGGAACCGCAGAGGACCAAAGUCGCAUGCGCCAAGUCUUUGGCUCCACAGCCCGAACGGCCUACUUUCUCUUCCAGUCCGUGUCCGGCGGCACCAACUGGGCCAGGGACGUGGAGCUUCUCUUCAACUUGGAGAUCAUCUACGCAACUCAGACAGCACUGUGUGAAGAUGGCUGA